AUGGUAUCGAUCUUAUCCGUCCCACCUGAAGUUAUAAUCAAUAUCCUCAAACUUCUCAACCCUUUCGAGAUCGAGGCCGUCGCCAGGACACUGAAUUCUCAUCUUUACCACCAUGCCAUGCACUUGAUAGCACCCUGCCAUGGAUGGGUUAAGAAUGCGCGGGCUAUGUGCAAGCUAUUCCCUCCAUCUGGAAAGCGCAGGCUGUUCCCUUCAUACCCCGGGCACAUUCCCGUCCUUGGUGAAUGCGAACUAGAUGGCGAUGAGACACCGGCUAGCAUAUAUGAAGACUACGGUUUGGACCCAAGCGGAGGUCCUUUUUUUCGAAGCUCGCCUCCCGAUCUGCGCAGCUGGAUGAAGCUCGAUGGAAGCUUUGAUUGGCUUGAACCACUUGAUGGGAAGAUCCCAGAGCAAAGCUUGAGGCACCACGAACUCAGGGACAGUCGCCGUCACCGGGCGGCUCCCAAGAGCCAAGUUGAUAAGCUCAAAGCCAAGGUGAAAAAACUUGGCCUUGCUCUGCCUGUCGGCUUCGAGACGUUCUUCAUCAGUGAUCGGUUGCACUACCACAUCCCGAGCAUGCGAUCAUGGUAUUUCUCUCUGGGAAACCUAGUGCACUGCCCUUCGUCAAUGGACGAUGGUGCAGGAGGGUAUAUUUUGCGCUUUCACUGUGACCAACAGUGGUGUGCGUUUGCUUACCUGUAUCUCAACCCAUCUGGACACCACUGUGUUUGGUACACUGGUCUCGAUUUGUAUGCGGAAAUGGGCGUUAACGAGGGGGUCAUGGAUUAUCACGAUAGAAGCGAGCAGAACAACGAUGACGUCGAGCUUAAGGAGGAGAACGGGCAGAGCGAGAAUGGCGAUAGCGACAGUGAGAAAGACGGUGGCGAGGAAGAGGGCGAUGACGAUGAUCCCAACGUCUUGCCACAAAUAUCCAAGAAGAAGAUCGAUUUGGUCGCGCUGACCUUCGAAGAGUACAUGGCAAUGGUGUACUUUGAGGAGCUGCUGGCAGCCGGAUCUAUCCCUUUCAAAGGGCUGUGUGAUUACGUCCAGCAUGUCUAUCUCUCGCCCACCAAGAUAGAGCAUAUGAAAAAAUCAUGCCCAGCUGUCAAUUCGUUCCUCAGGGCCAUCCGCUGGGGGAGCAAGACGCGCCGCAAGAGGGUAAAGUCCCCGGAUCUCUGGCCGUAG